GCUGAGGUUCAACUAUGCUACCUGGAAGCACAAAGAGAUGCUGUUGAGCAGAUGUCCCUCAAGCUGUACAGUGAGCAGUACACCAGCAGCAGCAAGAGGAAAGAAGAGUUUGCUGAUAUGUCAAAAGUUCAGUCAGUGGGAAGCAAUGGGCUUCUGGACUUUGAUUCAGAAUAUCAGGAGCUUUGGGAUUGGCUGAUUGACAUGGAGUCCCUUGUGAUGGACAGCCACGACCUGAUGAUGUCAGAGGAGCAGCAGCAGCAUCUUUACAAGCGAUACAGUGUGGAAAUGUCCAUCAGGCACCUGAAAAAGAUGGAGCUGCUUAGUAAGGUUGAAGCUUUGAAGAAAGGUGGCGUUUUACUACCAAAUGAUCUCCUUGAAAAAGUGGAUUCAAUUAAUGAAAAAUGGGAACUGCUUGGGAAAACCCUAGGAGAGAAGAUCCAGGACACAAUGGCAGGGCACAGUGGGCCGGGUCCACGUGACCUGCUCUCUCCUGAAAGCGGAAGCCUGGUAAGGCAGCUGGAGGUCAGGAUCAAAGAGCUGAAAGGGUGGCUAAGAGAUACAGAGCUUUUCAUCUUCAAUUCCUGUCUGAGACAAGAAAAGGAAGGAACAAUGAAUGCUGAGAAACAACUGCAAUACUUUAAGGAGACUUUGAAUGUGAUUGAUCCUUGCUUGAUGGACUUAAAUGGGAUGAGUGAGGAUGCCCUGGAAUGGGAUGAAACAGAUAUAAGUAAUAAGCUAAUUAGUUUGAAUGAAGAAUCAAAUGAUCUUGAUCAAGAACCCCAACCUGGAAUGCCUUCCUUGAAACUUGAACAGACAAGUGGUGAGGACCCUGGUUAUGAAGAGGAGGCAGGUGACCAGGGGGGAUCUCGGUAUGCCUCAAAUACUCCUGCCCCCUCCAGUCCACACAUUUACCAAGUGUAUACCCUCCACAAUGUUGAACUCUAUGAGGACAACCACAUGCCAUUUCUGAAAAACAGUCCAAAGUUCACUGGCAUGACACAGCCUAAUGUUUUAACUAAGAGUCUCAGUAAAGACUCUUCAUUUUCAUCUACCAAAUCUUUGCCAGAUCUUCUAGGGAGUUCUAAUUUGGUGAAGCCCUGCCAAUGCCACGGAGGAGACAUGAGCCACAAUUCAGGUAGCGAGAGUGGAAUCGUCAGUGAAGGAGACACUGAAACCACUAACAACUCUGAAAUGUGCUUGCUCAGUGCGGUGGAUGGGUCCCCAAGUAACCUUGAGACUGAACAUCUGGAUCCACAAAUGGGAGAUGCAGUUAACGUGUUAAAGCAAAAAUUUAAAGAUGAGGGGGAAUGCAUUAAGCUUCCAAAUAGCUCUCAGUCAUCCAUUUCACCAGUGGGUUGUGUAAAUGGAAAAGUUGGAGAUUUAAACAGUGUUACCAAACAUACUCCUGAUUGUUUGGGAGAAGAAUUACAAGGAAAACAUGAUGUGUUUACAUUUUAUGAUUACUCAUACCUCCAAGGCUCAAAACUCAAAUUACCAAUGAUAAUGAAACAGUCACAAAGUGAAAAGGCACAUGUGGAAGAUCCUCUGCUUCGUGGUUUUUAUUUUGAUAAAAAAUCCUGCAAAUCUAAACAUCAGGCUACAGAGUUACAACCAGAUGCACCUCCCCAUGGAAAGAUUUUGGCAAGUGCAUCCCAUGAAAUGGAUCACAAUUCAUAUAAAAGUGGCGAUAUAGAAAAGACAUUCACUGGCAUGCAGAAUGCCAAACAGCUCUCCCUUUUAUCUCAUAGUUCAUCGAUUGAGUCCCUUUCUCCAGGGGGUGACUUAUUUGGAUUGGGCAUCUUUAAAAAUGGCACUGACAGCCUCCAGCGAAGCACUUCUUUAGAAAGUUGGUUGACAUCCUAUAAAAGCAAUGAAGAUCUGUUUAGCUGUCACAGUUCUGGAGACAUAAGCGUGAGCAGUGGCUCAGUUGGUGAGCUGAGUAAAAGGACAUUAGAUCUCCUGAAUCGUUUGGAAAAUAUCCAGAGCCCCUCAGAACAAAAAAUAAAGCGCAGUGUUUCUGAUAUCACUCUGCAAAGCAGUUCCCAAAAGAUGUCCUUUACUGGCCAGAUGUCACUGGACAUAGCAUCUUCUAUCAAUGAAGACUCGGCAGCAUCUCUUACAGAACUGAGCAGCAGUGAUGAGCUCUCUCUUUGCUCAGAGGAUAUUGUAUUACACAAGAACAAGAUCCCGGAAUCGAAUACAUCAUUCAGGAAGCGCUUGACUCGUUCGGUGGCUGAUGAAAGCGAUGUCAAUGUCAGCAUGAUCGUGAAUGUCUCUUGUACCUCUGCUUGCACUGAUGAUGAAGAUGACAGCGACCUCCUCUCCAGCUCUACGCUCACCUUGACUGAAGAAGAGCUGUGCAUCAAAGAUGAGGAUGAUGACUCCAGUAUUGCAACAGAUGAUGAAAUUUAUGAAGAAUGCAAUUUGAUAUCAGGGCUUGACUAUAUAAAGAAUGAAUUGCAGACCUGGAUUAGGCCAAAAUUCUCCCUGACAAAAGAUAAGAAAAGGUGUGAUCUCAGUGAUGAAGGAAAGGGUAAUAAAGAUGUAAGUAGUAGUGAGAUGACCAAUCCCUCCGAUACCCUGAACAUUGAGACCCUUCUAAAUGGUUCCAUAAAACGUCACUCUGAAAAUAAUGGAAAUGGUAAGAGUUCAUCCCAUAUCCAUGAGUUAGGGACAAAGGGUGAAAAUAAGAAAAAUGUUUUCAAAGUCAAUAAAGAUCCACAUGUAGCUGACAUGGAAAAUGGCAAUAUUGAAAGUACCCAAGAAAGGCCAAAGGAUAGAUUGUAUGAGAUUUCAAAGGUAUCAGAAAAUUUUGGUUCAAAUGGGAAGAAGAUUGCAGAGAGUGAGCAUUGUAAGUGUAAAGCAUUUAUGGAUAGUUCAGAUGAUUCAAAUAUUGCUGGAAAGGAAUUUGUUCCCCAAACCUUUAGACAUCUUCCAAAGAAAUCUCCAAAUCACCACCAUUUUGAAAAUCAAAGUGCUGCUUCCACUCCCACUGAGAAGUCUUGCCCAGACCUAGAUCUAGAAACCAGACAAGACUCUGAUGUACUGCAUUCUUCAUCUAAGAAUGUACCAAGUGUGGCUGGAAAAUCUGCUGGUUGCUGCCUAGCACUUGAACAAAAUGAGACAGAGGAAAAUGCUUCUAUCAGCAACAACAUUUCCUGUUGCAAGUGUGAGCCAGACGUUUUCCAUGAAAAAGAUGCUGAAGAUUCUUCAGUACAUGACUUUGUUAAGGAAAUCAUUGACAUGGCUUCAACAGCCCUCAAAAGUAAAUCUCAACCUGAAAAAGAGGUGGCUGCUCCUACUUCAUUAACUCAAAUCAAGGAGAAAGUGUUGGAACAUUCUCACCGGCCCAUCCAGCUGAGAAAAGGGGACUUUUAUUCCUAUUUAUCUCUCUCAUCUCAUGAUAGUGAUUGUGGGGAGGUCACCAGUUACAUAGAGGAGAAGAGCAACACUCCGUUGCCACUGGACACUGCUGACUCUGGCUUAGAUGACAGGGAAGAUAUUGAAUGCUUCUUUGAGGCCUGUGUUGAGGAUGACUCUGAUAGAGAGGAGCCCGUGGAUGAAUCUGCAGUUCCUGCUGAAGCUGAAAUGCCACUACAAGCAAGAGCAAGCCCAUCUAAGGUCAUUGAUCUUUCUUUCUUAGCUGAUGAUGCAGACAUGGUGGCCUUUUCAAGUCCUCCCCCUCAGAAAGGAACUAACGUUGUAAAGGAAGUGGAUGUUUUACCCCAAACUUCCAAUGGCUAUGCAGAAAGCUCAGAGUUUAUUCCUUUGGGGCUGGGCAUUGAAAAGGAAAGUUUAGAAAAACAGGGUGUGUCUGGAAUGCCAGAAGAACAUAAUGCUGCUUCAGCCAAAUCUCAAGUUCAAGACCUCUCUUUGAAGGCACAUCAGCCAAAAGACAAGGCCGCAUUGCAUCCCAGCUCCAAAUCUUUAACCUGUGAAGAAAAUCUUCUAAACCUUCAUGAAGAACGACAUAGAAAUAUGCAUAGGUAGAAUGUAACCCUCUCCAAGCAUGAAAAUCGUCUCAUUGAAAGAUAAGCUUGGCUGCAACUCAGGGGUGGCCUCAUCUUCCCGCCCUGGGCUGGUCUCACGUUGUCACUGCCAUUUGUUACAUUGACUUCUCUCAAGUUGAAUCUUCCGUCUAAAUGCAGUUUGUCCACAAGAGCCUUGUGAUCUGGAUGUGUGCACUGGUUCUCUUUAGAUGAUCGUCUUUGAAGUUCAGCAAAGCUGCUUGUUCUCCCAUGGAUUCCUGUCCCAAGCUACCUCUACCAACCCUCUCUCCAGCAGGACUUUUCUGCUUGCCUCCUCCCCUCCCAUCCACUCUUUAACGUUCUGCGGUUCACCAAAUUGAUGGUCCAUUAAAUUCACCUGUCUGGAAUGACUCCUCUGCCAGUACUUGACCAAUUUCAUGUUGCAAUCUGGAUUUUUUUUUUUUUUUAUGGUAUGAUGCCUAUGUUUAUUGAAAAGGUUUUACCUAACAAGCUAACAUUUGGUUUGAUUGCAGCAUAGAGAACAAACACUUUUCCUUCUUUCAAAAUUAAUCAACUCUUAAAAAUGCCAUUUGAUUUAUUUCAUUAAAAAAAUAAUCUAUGCAGCACUUCAAGAAACAACUAUAUGGUGUUGUAUAUUAUAAACUGGUGAAUUCUACUAUUAAAUUAUGUACAACA